AUGACACUACUUCAUUUACUCAGCUACGCCGGGGCUGCUUCCGCCUUUGUUUUCAUAACUCUGUCCCUGGCUAGCGGUCUUCUAUGGAUCUCAGAAGUAAUUGAGGAGCACUCUCGUCUCGCAAAAGUAGUUGGUCAGAGGAGCAUAUACGCCAUCAUACUAGUCCACUUCCUCCUGUAUUUCUAUGAUGCCCUCCCCUCAAGCAUAUCCUCUUCUCCGUUUUCUGCCAUGUCCUUCCUUGGGUCGUGUGUUCUCGUCGUCGCGGACCACUUCCUGUGGUUCUUCUACUUCGCUCGUCUCACACAAGAAGCAAGACACCGUGCCAACCGCCAUUACCGUGGUUCUCCUCUGCCGCACGCCGUGCCGAACUUCGGCGAUAUCGCGACGUUCUUCGGGGUAUGCGUGUGGCUUGCUCCGUUAUUCCUCUUCCUGAGCCUCAGCGCAAACGACAAUGCGCUCCCCAUCAAGGCCUCCGGCGAACCAUCCUCUCCCACCAAGCCGGUGGCGACAGGAAACCGUAUUUCUUUAUUCAAGGCGCUGUACGACACGCUCCCCUUGGAGUACAUUCCUCGCCUCCGCCCGCGCCCGCGCAGACGCGACACGACCGAAGGGCUCAUUGCGCCCCGCUCGCCCACGGCUUCAGCGCCGCCUUCGCCCAACCUUAUGCCGAGAGUCUCGGGGGAGAUCUACCGGCCCAGCUCGCCGUCGGCGUUCUCUCUGAGCCCUCCACCAAAACGAUCGGGAGUUUUGGUGGACGACGCCAGCAGGGAGGCUUCGAUGGGAGGCAGGAGGGUCGGGAUGAGGAGGACUGCGAGCAGCACCAACGCCGCUGCCGUCGCCGGGGACGGAUGGAGGAAGUUCGACUAA